AUGCCUGCGCAGCUGUUCCUCUUGGGUCUGAUGCUCUCUGCUUGGCCUCACCCUGGCGUCCAGUCCAUCUUCAUCAACAGAUGCAGCAGUCCUGCCCCGAAGGUGUGUGACUUUGUUUGCGACUGCAGGGACUGCUCCGAUGAGAACCAGUGCGGUUAUCACAGAGAAUCAGUCACGCUGGGAACCCCCUUCACCUGCGAUUUUGAAGAGGGCAACUGUGGCUGGAAGGACGUGAGCACCUCUGUCUACAGAUGGGUCACAGACCGAGCCAGCAUCGCCAUGUGGGGGACAGGACCCAGCGCCGAUCACACCCGGGGCACUGAUCUGGGCUGGUACAUGGCUGCAGAGAUGCGCAGAAACACAUUUGCUGCCAUCGCUAAGUUAAGGUCCCCUGUGAUGCGACAAGCGGCAGCCACCUGUGAGAUCCGAGCAUGGUAUCGCCUGUGGGAAACAGGGCUUAACGAGACGGUGCAGCCGGCUCUGUGGGUGGAGCUGACAUAUGACAAUGAGACCAGAACGCUGUGGCAGAGUCCCAAGAGCAGCAUCUCUGCCUGGCAGGAGCUGGUUGCAUACACAGGCCGGGUGCCAGGGGAGUUCCAGAUAACCCUCUCCUCGCGGCAGAGCUCCUUGCAGCUGGACGACGUGGAGUUCAGGAGCUGUGGCUUGCCGCCGCCCCUGAGCCUAGUGUGUGGCCCGGAGGAGAGGCACUGCAGCCGUGGAUCAUGUGUGCAGCUGGAGCAGCUCUGUGAUGGCACCGACGACUGCGGGGAUCUGUCAGACGAAUCCGCCACCGAGUGCAGAUCGUUCACCACCUGUUCCUUUGAGAGGGGCUGGUGUGGCUGGAACACUGGGCCCGAUUACCCGACCUGGGUCAGGAACACAAGCCUCCACCUCGCGCCUGGGGCCCGCAGGCCCACACGGGACCACAGCAGCAACAGCAGGACAGGCUUUUUCCUUCACGUCAGUACCAGCCCACAGGACCUGAGCAGCAGCGCGGCCAGACUCGUUAGUCCAACUUUCCAAGCAACCACGACCAGCUGCUGCUCUCUCGUGUUCUACUCCCACCUCUACGACUCGGCCACCAGCAGCCUCAACAUCUACUACCAAACCAGCUCCGGCGUCAUGCAGCUCAUGCGCGCGAGGGCCGGGGACCUGGGUGAUUACUGGUUCAGGGAGAAAGUGGACUUCAAUGUGACCAAGAACUUCCAGAUCGUUCUUGAGGGCGUGAUCGGAACAGGACACAAAGGCAGCAUGGCCCUGGAUGACCUGAUUCUAUCUCCAGGCUGCGUCCUGGCUGCAGGAGCAUCGACCUUCGAGACCGGGGCUAGGGGCUGGAAGGACGUCAGUGUGGGCCAGCUGCAGUGGGCGAGGCAGAAAGCCAGCGAGGCCUUACUGCCUGGGGCAGACCACACCACCAACACCUCCACAGGGAGUUAUCUGGGUGUGGCGCUGGCUCCAGGCCAGAUGGUGUCCGGGGCCAGGGCUCGCACCCCUGUUCUGGGCCCCUCGGGCCUGGCCUGCUCCGUGGAGAUGCACUACUGGCUGCACAGCGACCUCCAAGGGUUCAUUGCGCUCGGCAUCGUGGAUCAUGCCCUGGGGACACACAGGCUGGCGUGGCACACGCAGGGCAACGGCAGCAUGGCGUGGAAACACAUCACUGUUCCGCUUGGGGAGAGAGCCAGACCCUUCCAGCUGGAGCUGAUUGCCCUGGUGAAGCUGCGCGGCCCCGUGGUGCAGAGUGCUGCUGUGGACGAUGUUGCGUUUGUGAACUGCGACCCCUGCUUUACCCCUCCAGACGCCUCGGAGCUGUCUUGCAACUUUGAGAUGGGGCUCUGCGGCUGGUACCAGGAUCAGAGCGAUGAUUUUGAGUGGGUGCGAGGCACAGGGCUGGGGCUGGGCUCUGACCACACCACUGGCACAGGCUAUUUCUUGUCCGUGGAUCUCUCCGCCCCAAGUACCUGGGGCCUGAGCGCGCGUCUCAUCACCUACCCUCAGGACCCUCCCACCAGAGAGCAGUGCCUCUCGUUCUGGUACCGCCUGGAUGGCCCUCAGAGCGGCACGCUGAACCUAAAGAUCCAGCACGAUGGGGAGCCGGAGACGGUGCUCUGGACCCAAACGGGAUCUCAUGGCAGCACGUGGCACCUGGGAUUCGCAACACUCAGUCGCCAGGCUCUCCAGAAGUACCGGCUGAUCUUCGAGGCUCUCCGUGACGGGUACCUGGGGGACAUGGCCCUGGAUGAUGUCACCGUGCGAGCUGGAGCCUGUGGUCCCCAGAAGUCCUGCUCGUUCGAGGCCAAUGCCUGUGGCUUCUCCUCCAGCUGGCAGUACACAUGGGCACGGCAGAGCAACGCCACGGGCACUGCCACCGCUGGCCCUCCCACUGACCACACCAUGGGGACAGCCCGAGGAUAUUACAUGAUUGUUGAUACCAGCAAGGGCUCCCUGCCCCGUGGGCAAGCAGCCACUCUGAGCUCUGGGCAGUACAGGCCCCUGACUCAUCCGCAGUGCCUGGGCUUCUGGUACCAGCUGAGCCCCAGUGACCCAGGUUCUCUGGCGGUGUGUGUGAAGGAGAAGGGGGUGCAGCGGAGGCUGUUCAGCGUGAGCUCAGUGCAGGGGGACGCUUGGCGCUAUGGUAAAGUGACUGUCCAAGCGGCUGAGGACUGGCAGGUCGUGUUCGAGGUGGUGAGUGCUGGGGGUGAGCUCUCCUAUGUCGCCCUCGAUGAUCUGCACCUGAAGGCUGGCAGCUGCUCAGAGCCAGGUUCCUGUGACUUUGAGUCAGACACUUGUGGCUGGACCAGCCCCUCAGACCGUACCCUGGGCAGCUACGCCUGGGGCUGGAGGAGCGGGGCCAGCCCGGGCCCCGAGGUGGACCACACACUGGGCACGACAGCAGGUCACUACGUUUCCUUUGACGCCAGCGUGCUGGGUCCCGGGGGGAAUGCCGCCUGGCUGCUGAGCGAGCACCUGCCAGCCACCACGGGCGCCUGCCUUCGGUUCUGGUACCACAUGGACUUCCCAGAGCACUUCUACAGCGGCGAGCUGAGGGUGAAGCUGUACAGCCUGGCAGGGGAACUAACAGUCUGGAGCGCCCGAGGGCCCCAGGGCCGAGGCUGGUGGAACAGGACCAUCUCAGUGCAGAACACUGUGGAGUUUCAGAUUGUCUUUGAAGUGACCAAUGGCGUGUGGCCUGCCGGGGGGACCGUCGCCCUGGAUGAUAUCACGUACCAUGCUGGAGAGGGCUGUGAUGGCGACGGUUUGGGCCAAAUGGAAGAUGGGAACCCUGCCCAAGGCUCUGUGGCAGCAAUGGUGAUUGGCAUUCUCCUGGCCACUGUAUUCCUGCUCCUGCUAGCUUUGAGCACAUGCUAUUGGCUGAAGAGGAGGGUGUCAGCGGGCAGGAUGCCGGAGGAGAGAGCCACCAGCCAAGGCUUUGACAACAUCGCUUUUAGAGAUGACAGGGUCACUAUAACUCCACUACCUGCGGAUGGGGAAGCAGAACCAGAUGUGAGCCUCCCAUAAUAGGCACCUGCU